CACGAAAUUAGAGUGGUGAUUAAAAAUACAACUAAAGUUGUUUCAAGUGAUUGUUUUCAUUUAUUUAAAUUUUAAAUUAAUCCAACUUAUCGUUGACGGAAAAUUUGGGAGAGAAUAUUCUCGAUGGGGAAAGGAGGAGGUUGUGUUCCGAGCAAGAAGAAGAAGCCGGCCACCACCGGCGAUGGUCCCGGAAUCGAUGAUGAUAACGACGCUACUAAUGCUCCGAUCCAAAUUGACGAUGAUCAAACCACCAUUGACGGCGAUCGAACAACGGCGACGAAUACUGGAGGAACAACAACACCAGCGAUUACUACUACGGCUGCUAAGAUCUCGUCACCGCUCAAGAUCUUCGUCGUGUUCUAUUCGAUGUACGGACAUGUGGAGAGCUUAGCGAAGAGGAUGAAAAAGGGAGUGGAUAGCGUCGAAGGAGUGGAGGCGACGUUGUACAGAGUUCCGGAGACGCUUUCGCAGGAGGUUGUUGAGCAGAUGAAGGCGCCGGUUAAGGAUUUGGAGAUUCCGGAGAUUACGGCGGCGGAAUUGACGGCGGCUGAUGGAUUUCUGUUUGGAUUUCCGACUAGGUAUGGUUGUAUGGCUGCGCAGAUGAAGGCGUUUUUUGAUUCGACGGGAUCAUUGUGGAAGGAGCAGAGUCUUGCUGGUAAGCCUGCUGGAUUCUUUGUGAGCACUGGCACUCAAGGAGGUGGCCAAGAGACCACUGCAUGGACAGCAAUCACACAGCUUGUGCACCAUGGGAUGCUAUUUGUACCAAUAGGCUACACAUUUGGAGCUGGAAUGUUCAAGAUGGACUCGAUACGUGGAGGCUCUCCUUAUGGAGCAGGUGUGUUCGCUGGUGAUGGGUCAAGAGAAGCAACAGAAACAGAAUUGGCUCUUGCUGAACAUCAAGGAAACUACAUGGCUGCAAUAGUCAAAAGACUUGCUCAACCUUAAAACAAAAACAAAAAUUGCUUCCUCUAUUUGUCUCUUUUCAUUCAAUUCCUCCUCCUGCUAAAUAAUCAUAAAAAAAAAAAUCUUCCUUUCUUUUCUCAAUUCCAUCGAAAUUUCUUUCUUUUCUUUAUGAGUGUUUUCAGUUUCGCCAUUAAUGGUUAGUGUGUACAUGUUUCUUUAUAUUAUUUGUCUCUUAUUUAUUCCUUGUUGUAAAAUAAAAACAAAAUUUCAUUACGUGUUCUUUCAUUGGAGUUGUUGAUUGGAUAUUUUAUCAAAAACUUAUAAUUUCACAAAUCGUUAAAGUGUAGGAAAAAAAAAUAA